AUGACAGCAAACGGACAUGGGAACCUCUCAGCGGUGCCCUUGUGGGAGUUUGUCCUGGAGGGAUUCAGGGGAGGCGUGGAGACCCAGGCCCUGCUCUUUGCCGCCUUCCUGGCCCUGUAUGUGUUGACCGUCAUGGGCAACCUCACCAUGAUCACAGUCAUCACCCUCGAUGCCCGCCUGCACUCACCCAUGUACUUUUUCCUCAAGAACCUGUCCUUCCUGGACCUCUGCUGCUCAUCUGUCAUCGCCCCCAAUGCCCUGGCCAACUUCCUCUCCUCCUCCAGGGUCAUCACUUUUGCAGGAUGCACCAUUCAGUUCUUUCUGAUUUGUGUGUUUGCUACCACAGAGGCUGUCCUCUUAGCUGUGAUGGCCUAUGACAGAUUCAGGGCCAUCUGCAGCCCCCUGCAGUACCCAGUGACCAUGCGCCCUCUGAUAUGCGCACAGCUUGUUCUGGGGUGCUACUGUGCAGGCUGCUUCAACUCCAUCGUGCAGACCAGCCUCACCUUCCAGCUCCCCUUCUGCAGCUCCAACCUCAUCAAUGACUUCUUCUGUGACGUGCCACCUCUGCUGCAGCUGGCCUGUGCUGACACAGCUCUCAAUGAGCUUCUCCUGUUUGGCCUCUGUGGCUUCCUCAUUGUGACCACUGUAUUAGUGAUCCUGGUGUCCUAUGGCUACAUCACAGUGACCAUCCUCAGGAUGCACUCAGGAACAGGAAGACAAAAGGUCUUCUCCACCUGUGGGUCCCACCUCACAGCCGUGUCCCUCUUUUAUGGAACCCUCUUUGUUAUGUACGCACAGCCCGGAGCUGUGGAUUCCAUGGAACAGGGCAAGGUGGUCUCCAUCUUCUACACCCUGGUCAUCCCAAUGCUCAACCCCCUCAUCUACAGUCUGCGGAACAAGGAUGUGAAGGACGCCCUGCGGAGGCUGGGACAGAGGCAGGCAGCCCUGUGA